CCACCCAUCAAAGUCCCAUUGCCAAACAGUUCAAAAAGAAGCUUCCCGCCAAGCCCAACCGUUUCUGGAAACGGAAGAUAACUCUUCCCAGAAACCAAGCCACACCUUCUUGCAACAGAAGAUAUGGCGGACACCUCCAAGUUCCACACCCACAUCGAAAUCAAGGACACUACACCACCACCACCAACCCUAGCUCCACCUGCAGCAUGGCCAUUCUCCUCCGAGCUCGUCGAGACUACAACUCCUGCUACUUCUACUCUCCAAGAUCAGAGGAUCCCCUUCUUCAGGUCCCGCUCUAGGCACCGCAUCGGAGAAGAUACCUGGGUUAUCUCCGUCUUCGUCAUCCUCCACAUCGUGGCCUUCUUCGCCACCAUGUUCUUCAACGACUGUUGGACCAACUCCCACCACGACUGCGCCCUCAAGGUGUUCGGGAGGUUGUCCUUUCAGCCUCUCUCUGAGAAUCCCCUGGUUGGGCCUUCCGCUUCCACGCUAGAUGAAAUGGGAGCUCUCCGUCGGAAACUUUUGACACAAUAUCACCAAACUUGGCGUCUUUUCACAUCUCCAUGUUUGCAUGCUGGAGCCAUCCACCUUGUCAUCAACCUGUCCUGUGUUAUCUUCAUAGGAGUUCACUUAGAACAAGAGUUUGGAUCAUUAAGGAUUGGACUGGUAUAUAUUCUCUCGGCUUUUGUUGGUACCUUGGUGGCUGCAGUUUUUGUCCAAAACAGGCCAACUGUCAGUUCAUCUGGAGCUCUAUGUGGAUUGCUCGGGGCUAUGCUCUCUAUGCUUAUUCGGAAUUGGAAAGUUUACACCAAUAAGUUUGCAGCUCUAGCAUUCCUUUUUGUUAUUUCCACGAUAAAUUUCAUCCUUGGUUUGCUACCUUAUGUAGACAAUUUCUCAAAUGUUGGAGGUUUUAUAUCGGGGUUCCUUCUUGGAUUUGUGCUUUUUUUCAGCCCUCAGGUUACAAAAGUGGCUCAAAAUAAAGGAGGGCUCUUUGAAUAUGGUGAUAAAGGCUCCGUCAAAUUGAAGUUGAAACAGAAGCUAGAAAGCCCCAUCCUGAGGAGCGUUUCUCUUCUUCUUUUUGGUCUUAUACUUGCUGGAUGUCUUCUAGCAGUUCUUCGAGGUGUUAACAUGAACCAGUAUUGCAGAUGGUGUCAAUAUGUUGACUGUGUUCCUGUCAAUUGGUGGAGCUGCAAAGACAAGGGAACUUAUUGUGAGACCAUGGUGAACGAUGCACAGUUGACAUUGACCUGCAUGAGUAAUGGAAACUUCAGGGUUUUCCCUUUCACUAACAUUUCUCAAUCAAGGUUGAAUGAUUUGUGCAGUUUGCUAUGCUCAUAAAAACUAAUGAGCUUUGUUGUUGCUGUUGUUGUCUUGUUGUUUUGGUUAAUUGGUAGGACUAAACAAACUUCUAUGUACAUACCCUACUAUAUCUGGUACUUGUUACAUGCAGACUCUUAAGCAAUCCAUAGUAAUGGCAACUUCAUGGUUUUCCCUUUCACCAA